AUGUUGACACCGUCUCCUCUUAGACGACGACCAUUGUUCCCAGUAGAUGCCAAACAUAAAGCAGAUGGACUGACUCAGGAGCAGGAUCACGAUGACAGCGAUAUCUUCUUACAAUCUCCAUUCAAAUCACCCCCUCUAGUGCACCGUCUAUCCUCCAUCUCACAUCCUAAACCAAUCAAACCAAUCAUGUUAGAUGAUGACGAAGCGACCCUGUUCCUAUCCUCUUCAUCCGAUGUAUCUUCCCCUUUCUUUCAUCACACUUCCACUCAGCCACUCCUUACGCCAGUCAAGGAUUCCCACCGUACCGUACUAGCCGCAAAGCAGCUCAAUUCGCAGCCUGCACAUCGUGUGGGCGUAGGCACCAAACGCAAAUCGGCGCAAUCCGGCGGUGGCGACUUCUCUACGCCUUUGCGUCUUGUCCCAUCAGCCACGUGCACUCCUCUUAAUAUCUCUGCUUCGAAACCCGACCCUUCAUCUGGUAUCGCUUUCCACCGUCUUGCACCUCUGCCAGCACCUCGUUUUACCCCCCAGCCAAAGAGUAAAGCUGACACUGACGCAUUUGUCAAGAAACAGGCAGAAACAAUGAAGCGGCUGCGCAUUCGGGAUCCUGAUGACUCAGAUGAGGGCUGGGGUAUUAUAGAAGAUCUGGACUCCGACGGAGAACCUGUACAAAGGCUACCUGCACUCCGCAAAUGCAAAUCCCGGUCUAUUAGCCCGAAGAAAUCCCUCCUUAUCAAUGCUGCGCUAGUGCCACAGAAAGGUAGUGCGAAGGAUGAGGUCACUGAAGCCAUCUCUCCAGGAGGGCAUAUUAUCAAGCGUCGGGCACGUUCGAGACCUGUUUCCAUUGAACUCCUUGAGAGUGUAAACCACACACCGUCACCCAAGGCUUCCAACACGAAGUCACCCCCUGUCCCAAUAACAUUUCCUUCUGUAUCUCGCGAUCGCAAUCGGCCCACUUCCAUUGUCGGCUCGCCUUCUCCUGUACCACGAAGACGACUCACAGGGUCCAGUGGCCCCAAUCCAUUCCUCUCUAACCCACCCUCCCGUCCAAAUUUGCAUUCUCAGCCUCGCCCCCGUCCCUUCACCCGAAUGACAUCCAAUAGUUCGGCUACUCUCUUCUUCGGACCCUCAAUCCCUCAAUCCGCACAGUGCCCACGCACGCGGACUAAUUCCUCUCUCGCUGCUACCCUGGAUCUGUCCAUGCAGUCCCGUCUCAGCCCGGCCAAUCGACAUAGCUAUGCAGGUCCAGACUCAGCUGGUUUCUCCGCUGCCCCAAUGCCAUGGGCGCUGCGGUCGGGUUUGGACACACCCUCCCCAAACUCUUCGCCUCUGAAUGACGGUCCAGGCACGGUCUACUCAGAUGACGAGGACAUGUUAUUUGGCCCAACCGAAUCCUCGUUCGUGUUUAGUGUCACAGAGGGAACGCCUUCUCCACGAUCACAGAAAGGCAAGGAAGGAUUGUUACCCUCCAAGUAUAAGCCACGGGACUCUGGCAUCGUUCUCAGCGACGACGAGUCAAUGCCCGCGCGAAAUUCGGCGUUAAGCACAAGUUCGAGCUCUAUCUACUCUGAUAAUGACAAUGGCGAUGACCUGGUCACGCCCGGAAUCAUGCCUGGUGCACUUUCCGGUUGGCCAAGAAUCUCGGGCGUCGACGACGCGCAUCUUCAUUCAUUUAAUCAAUCCCAUCCAUAUCAAUAUUUUAAUCAUGAUGAGGACGACGUCGACGCAUUCAUCUUACGCACACUAGAGGCAGGUGGGAAGCCUUCUGCAGCCGAGGGCAAGAAACCCCCUGGAACGCCUGUGAAGAGGCUCAAGAGCCACUUUGGGCUCGACGGUGGGCGUCUAUGGCAGAGUGCUGUUGCAUCUAAGGUUGGGUUUUCAUUUGAUGGUGUAGAGGGGGGCAAAGCGAAUGGGAAUGGGAAGAAGCCACGGAAGAGUUUGCCUGCUGCGUUCCCUAUCCCCCUUGGGAAAGGUAGCGCUGUGACGAUCAAGACUGGUGGAUCGGACACUGAAGAGGACGAGGAAACUACAAGUCCCAGUUCAAGGAAGCAGUACAAGGGUCUCGGACUUGGCCGUCCUGCUGGAAGGUGGCUCAUGCGCCGCAGCAGCAGCGGGGCGUUCUCGAGUGGGGAGAGCAUAGGCGGCACGCCCACACGGCGAAACAUCAAUCUCAAAGGUGCGUCCGACUGGCCGAUGCCCGCAGCGCGUACUUUGACCGUGGACACCACGGGCUCACGCUCGAGCUCGAAUAGCUCCGCGAUCUCAUUGAACUCCCCUACGAUCGCGCGGCAUCUGCCCUCGAAAACAUCUGCUACACAUUCGCAUUCUCCGCUUGGACCGCGGUCACGGAAAAUGUCUACUAUCGAGCACGUGAGGAAAGUCUCGGACGCUGGCCGUUUCGAGAAGGAGUUUGUUGAGGUCGAACAAGUUGGGAGCGGGGAGUUUGGAAAGGUCAUUAAAGUGCGCGCUAAGAUCGGGCGCGAGCUUGAGGACACGGUUUGGGCUAUCAAACGAUCAAAGCCAUUUGAAGGUCCUCGGCAUCGCCUGCGACUACGAGAGGAAGUGGAUAUAUUGGCACAUCUGUCGGCGCGGGGUGCUCACCCGAACGUGCUGACGUACGUGGAUAGUUGGGAGCAAGAUGACGCGCUUUUUAUACGCACAGAACUCUGCGAGCUUGGCAAUUUUGCGAGAUUCUUGUGGGAGUAUGGGCGGGCCUUUCCGCGCCUGGAUGAGGCGCGGGUGUGGAAGAUUAUGGUGGAUUUGAGUAACGGUCUUCGUUUCAUCCAUGAAGCAGGGAUCAUCCAUCUAGACCUCAAGCCGGCGAACAUCUUCCUUACUCGUGAAGGUCGAUUCAAGAUCGGAGAUUUUGGAAUGGCCUCGGUGUGGCCCCGACCUGGGGGCGCGUUCGAGCGCGAGGGGGACAAGGUGUACCUCGCGCGGGAAGUUCUACAGGGCACGUACGGCAAGGCUGCCGAUAUUUUCAGUCUUGGGAUGACGAUGCUAGAAACGACCACGAAUAUUAUUGUGCCUGAUCAGGGAGAUGGAUGGCACAGGAUACGGCAGGAAGAUUUCAGCCAGAUGGAUCUGGAUGGAAGUCCUGAGCUGUUUGUGUUGAUUAGGAGCAUGAUGCGGACCGAUCCUGCUAGGCGCGUGGAUGUGCAGGCUGUUUGUUCACAUGCUGUUGUAAGCCGAGCUCGCGCGGCUAUGGAACGCACAUACGAGGAAGCCAAGCGGAAUGGUACCUCGCUGUUUGCUGCGUCUCCACUUGCAGGUGUUUCCAAUACGUUCUUGGAGGAGAUCCUCGGCCGUGACUGCGACGAUAUGGACCUGAGCCUAUGA